AAGAAGGACAUGCUGAAUGAACAGAACGUCAUGCAGGUGUGAGCCGACCGACGGUUUGACGCUAUUCGUAAUAUAGCUGCGCACUCUUCUGCUCUACAAUGUCUCUUUGCCAUUUGCCGGCGUGGCUUUCGUCUCCAGUCUUGGCGCAGGGCGCAGUCAAAAAGAUGCAAACGUAAAUGCGCAUAUGGGAGGCCGAUAGCGAUUGUAGUGUUCGUGAUUGUUUUGAUCUUAUCGUCCGGCACACCAUUUGCUUCGAGUUCUCCUGAAGCGCGCCUACAUGGUAUAUAAUCGAGCCUGGCAGAAGCCAACGCACAUUCUUUACACAUAUGCUUCAUCUUUUCGCCUGACUCUGAACAGGGAUUGCUUCCAACAUUACGUCGGCAGCCACCGCAUCGAUUGCGCGUUAGCAAGAUGGCCCGCAGCAGCAGCUCCGCCGCUGAUCCGGAGGCCCAGCAGACGCCUCUGCUCAUCCACAUCGAUCGCCUAAGCGAAGAGAAAGACGACGACGCUUCCGACUGCAGCCGCUCGAGCGACGAUUGUCGUCGCUCGGCGCCUGCCCCUCCUAGCGACCCCGAGAAGGCCGCCCUCCUCGCCCACGAAUACGGCCAUGUGCACCCACAUGCACAUACACGCGGUCGCGGUCACGAGCACACUUGCCGCCACGCGCACGGCCACGGUCAUGUCCAUGGCUGCGGUCUUAGGGGCCACUUCUUUCGCCUCUUUGGCCGUCGCGGCGCACCGCAUUUGGACAACAACAACGACGAUUGCGCUGGUCUCGACGGGAAGGCAGCGUGGGGAAAGCGCAGCAGGAGCGGCAAGCUGAGGGCGUUCGCCGCGCUCCUCGCCUUUCUCACAGCCAGUGUCUUUGCGCUGCGCUACAUGCCGCUUUUUUCCGCGUUGGCUUUCGGCGGCGCACGACACGGCUUUCCUCGUUACUACCAGCACGAUCCGCCCUACUACGCGGCAGGACGCCACCCGUGGGAUCCUCCGCACCCGCACGGACCACCCCCUCAGCCAUAUAUCAAAGAAUGCCAUCAGCUCGCGUCCGGUGCCGAAGUCAAUAUCACAGUCGCCGCGUGGCCUGGCACGGGUACGUUCGUCGACCCGGGCCUGACGGCGGCCAGCAUCAGUUUCGUCCGCGACGGCCCGGCCGGCCUACCGUUUCCUCCGCCGGUGCAUCACCGCCACAAAUUCGAGGGCGCACCGCCUGGCGAUACGCAACGCAUUUCUGAUGACGAAGACGGCGAUGACGAUGGCAACAGCAAGGAGGGCAAGAAGGAGAAGUGGAGAAUGCAAGGCCCCGCAUACCACUCCAAGCCGCCGCUGAUUUCUGUCACAGUCUCGCGCGCCAAAUUGGAGCUUACCGGGCUGAUCGACAAGGAGCCCAUCUUGAAUAUUUGCAUCCUCUCGGCCGGCCCGGCGGGCGAAGGUAUUGGCCUCUACGACGAGCUCGUGUGCCCCAUCUUCCCAAAGGACAUUGCCGGUAUCGUCUCGCUGCUCUCCGUUUCGUUUCACCUCCCAGAGCGCUUCCCCCUCGCGCUCGUAGGCAUGCAUGCAUCUCCGUUUGGCGGGCCGCCAAACCACGGUUGCGGGCGCGGAGGUCCUCCUCACGGCCCUCCUCACGGCGGCCCCCCUCUGUGUUCCUGACGGAUUUCCUGUGGACUGCAGAGAAAGGAGCGUCUUUUGGCCGAGCGCAAGUCCGCGGAGGCAGACCCCACAGAGGCCUGAAUUAACAACGCCACCUUGUUU